ACACACCAUCUGUGUGUAUAUAUAUAUAUCUAUAAAACAGUCGAAAUCCGGCUCACUCACUCACUUUGCAGGUCAACAGAUUCCUCUCUCGCUCUCUCUCUAUAUAUCGCUGAAGGGGUGUUCUGAGAUCACAUAGCACAAUGGUGAAGGCUGUAGCCGUUCUUGGCAGCAAAGAGGGUGUCAAUGGAACUGUCAACUUUACCCAAGAAGGAGAUGGUCCAACUACUGUUUCUGGAACCCUUUCUGGACUUCAGCCUGGGCUUCAUGGUUUCCAUGUUCAUGCUCUAGGGGACACCACUAAUGGUUGCAUGUCAACUGGACCUCAUUUUAAUCCAGCUGGUAAAGAGCAUGGUGCGCCCGAGGAUGAGAACCGCCAUGCUGGUGAUCUUGGAAAUGUCAAUGUUGGUGCUGAUGGCACCGUCACAUUUACCAUUCAGGACAGCCAGAUUCCAUUAACUGGGCCACAUUCCAUUAUUGGAAGAGCUGUCGUUGUUCAUGCUGAUCCUGAUGAUCUUGGCAAAGGUGGCCAUGAGCUAAGCAAAAGCACUGGAAAUGCUGGUGGCAGACUAGCAUGUGGUAUUAUUGGUCUACAAGGAUGAACUGCUUUCUCCCCGUCGACAACGUGAUAAAUAAACUGAUGCAGUUCAAAUAUGUAUCAAACCUUUUGAGAAACUUAAUUAGACAUGAGACUCCUUCAAUAAUUGAGUGUGAACCGCCAUGUAUCUUGGUUGUGCUGCUUUUGUGAUGUUGGAUCGUAAACUUCGUUUCCAUGUUGUUUUCCUUAAUUUGCUUCGUAGCUCUGAAUC